GAGCCGAGCGGGUGCUGCUAGCGGAGGCGCCAUAUUGGAAGGGACAAAACUCCGGCGACAGCGAGUGACACAAAUAAACCCCUGGACCCCUUCGCUCCCCCAGCUCUGAGGGCCGCGAUGUUGUACCUAGAGGACUAUCUGGAAAUGAUUGAGCAGCUUCCAAUGGACCUGAGGGAUCGCUUCACUGAGAUGCGCGAGAUGGACCUGCAGGUGCAGAAUGCAAUGGAUCAGCUAGAACAAAGAGUCAGUGAAUUCUUCAUGAAUGCAAAGAAAAAUAAGCCAGAGUGGCGAGAAGAACAAAUGGCUUCCAUCAAAAAGGAUUACUAUAAAGCUUUGGAAGAUGCAGACGAGAAGGUUCAGUUGGCAAACCAGAUAUAUGACUUGGUAGAUCGACACUUGAGAAAGCUGGAUCAGGAACUGGCUAAAUUUAAAAUGGAGCUGGAAGCUGAUAAUGCUGGGAUUACAGAGAUAUUAGAGAGGCGAUCUCUGGAAUUAGACACUCCUUCACAGCCAGUGAACAAUCACCAUGCUCACUCACAUACUCCAGUGGAGAAAAGGAAAUAUAAUCCAACUUCUCACCAUACGACAACAGAUCAUUUACCUGAAAAGAAGUUUAAAUCUGAAGCUCUUUUAUCUACCCUAACAUCAGAUGCCUCUAAGGAAAAUACACUAGGUUGUCGAAAUAAUAAUUCCACGGCCGCUUCCAACAACGCUUACAAUGUGAAUUCCUCCCAACCUCUGGCAUCCUAUAAUAUUGGCUCCUUAUCUUCAGGAACUGGUGCAGGGGCAAUUACCAUGGCAGCAGCUCAAGCAGUUCAAGCUACAGCUCAGAUGAAAGAAGGACGAAGGACAUCAAGUUUAAAGGCCAGUUAUGAAGCAUUUAAGAAUAAUGACUUUCAGCUGGGAAAAGAGUUUUCCAUGCCCCGGGAAGCAGCUGGCUAUUCAUCAUCGUCAGCGCUCAUGACUACAUUAACACAGAACGCCAGCUCAUCAACAGCCGACUCAAGGAGUGGGAGAAAGAGCAAAAACAACAACAAGUCUUCAAGCCAACAGUCAUCAUCUUCUUCCUCCUCUUCUUCCUUAUCAUCAUGUUCUUCAUCAUCAACUGUUGUACAGGAAAUUUCCCAACAAACAACAGUAGUACCAGAAUCUGAUUCCAACAGUCAGGUUGAUUGGACUUAUGACCCAAACGAACCACGAUACUGCAUUUGUAAUCAGGUAUCCUAUGGUGAGAUGGUGGGCUGUGAUAACCAAGAUUGCCCCAUAGAAUGGUUCCAUUAUGGAUGUGUUGGAUUGACAGAGGCCCCCAAAGGAAAAUGGUACUGUCCACAGUGCACUGCUGCCAUGAAGAGGAGAGGCAGUCGGCACAAAUAA